GAGGCGCCUCGCUUCACGCACACAGUUUCCUUCCAAACUUUCUCCCUCGUCGCAGGUAGUAACUCCGGGCCUGGCCGGGAGGAUGGAGGCGGCGGCCAACUGCUCCCUGCGCGUGAAGCGGCUGCUCUUGGACCCCAAGUUCGAGGGCUACAAGCUCUCCCUGGAGCCGCUGGCCUGCUACCAGCUGGGGCUGGACUCGGCUGUAGCAGAAGUGAAACUUCGAGAUGAUCAGUAUACCCUGGACCACAUGCGUGCCUUUGGCAUGUAUAAUUACCUACAUCUUGAUUCUUGGUACCAGGAUAAUGUCUACUAUGUUGAUCAACUUGGAAGGGUUAUGAAUUUAUCAGUGACUCUGGACACUGCCUUUCGAAAGCCGAGAGAAGUAUUCAGGCUACCUUCAGACGUGACAGCUUGCGAUAAUCGCCUUUGUGCAUCAAUACACUUUUCAUCUUCUACCUGGGUUACCAUUUCAGAUGGAACAGGAAGUUUGUUUCUUAUUAAAACGGGCAAACGUGGAGAUGCUGCAUCUGAAAAGUGGGAGAUUAUGUUUAAUGAAGAACUUGGGAGUCCCUUUGUUAUAGCCCACAGUGUUUCCUUUGUAAAGUCAGAUGUGCAUUCAGUAGCUGGGCUUCUGCUUCGAGUAGAAAAAGAUGAACUGGAUGCAAAAGGAAGUGGCUUCCAUGUGUCCUUGGAAUGGGUUACAAUCACAGAAGUAGACCAAGAGGAUAAUCAAAGAUAUGAAAUCUUCAAGCGCAGAGUUCUCCAAGGAAAGUCAGUCCCUCAUUAUGCAGCUAUCGAGCCAGAUGGGGAUGGUCUAAUGAUUGUCUCCUACAAACCCUUCAGAUUUAUGCAGGAUGAGGAGAAUCAGCUUGAAAAAAAGGAAGAUGGGAAAAUAGCAGAUAAAAAGAAAGACCCUGUCUAUUACUGGCAACAGACUGAAGAUGAUUUGACAGUAACAAUUCAUCUUCCACAAGACAUCACUAAAGAUAACAUACAAGUACAGUUUUCUCCAGAUCAUAUCAUUGUAGCAUUGAAAAGUCAGCCUCCUUUGGUGGAAGGAAAACUCUGUUCAUCUAUUGACCAUGAAAGCUGCACAUGGAUAAUUAGAGAUAAUAGUUUGGAGAUUUCUCUAAUUAAGAAGGAUGAAGGACCCAUGUGGCCAGAGCUUAUAGUAGGUGACGCACGAGGAGAAUUCAUCAUGGACUCUUCCCAGUGUUCUGCAGUAGCUGAACGUCUGAUGCAUCUUACCUCUGAAGAAAUGAAUCCAAACCCUGACAAAGAAAACCCUCCUUGUAAUGCACAGGAAUUAGAGGAAUGUGAUAUUUUUCUUGAAGACAGCACAAGCUUAUGCAGAUUUGAUGGUAACACCUUGAAAAUCACUCAUGUGGUAAAUCUUGGAAGUAACCAGUAUCUCUUCUCAGCAGUGGUGGAUCCCAAAGAAAUGCCUUGCUUCUGUUUGCGGCAUGAUAUUGAUGCUCUUCUCUGGCAGCCACGUUCUGACCAACCGGACAAUAUGUGGGAGCACAUUGCAACUUUCAAUGCUUUAGGUUAUGUCCAAGCAUCAAAGGAAGACAAGAAAUUCACCGCUUGUCCUCCAAAUUAUUCCUAUGCUGCUAUUUGUGAGUGCCUGCGUCGAGUGUUCAUCUAUCGACAGCCCACUCCUCUGUCCACUGUUCUCUACAACAGGAAGGAGGGAAGACAAGUAGGGCAGGUUGCUAAGCAGCUGGUAGCAACCCUGGAAGCCAGUGAUCCUAUCUUGGGCUUUCAAGCUACAAAUGAGAGAUUAUUUGUUCUCACAACAAAAUCCUUGCUUUUAAUAAAGGUAAACACUGAAAAUUAAUUAUCCAAUAUGUCAUGUUGACUUGGAUGUAUUCACAAUUGGUCUGAGAAAUGGUGAGAUAUUAGCUAAAAAGUUCAAUCACAUACUACUGAAGUUGAAGUAAAAUAUCAUAUGUAGCCUGUUUAAUUUUUAAAAGGACAACCAAAAUAUGUUCACUGGAACUUGUCUCUGUGCCCAGUUGGAUAAAGCUUUUCAACUCCAUUGUCACUGAAUUUUUGUGGGAACUUCCAAUUCUAUGGAAAAGUGCAAGAAAACUGUCUGUGCUAGCAGCAUUUUAAUCAGUUACCAGAGUCAUGUGUGAAAUGAUCCAUCCAUACAUUGCUUUUUUCAUAUAGUUUUUCUACCACACUUCUGCCAUUCAAGAAGAUCUUGAGUAUUCACUAAUUUCUAUUUUGUAUAAUUGCCACAGUCUCUCUGUGGGUAUUAUUCAGAUAAAAUAAAACAAGGCUUUGUUUUAUUACAAGUUUAUAUAAACACAAGGCAAAGAUCACACUUUAUCCAAAUAGAUAUUUUACAGAGCCAUUUAAAUUAUUUUUGAAAAUUUUAGUCUGUUUGUUUAAAUGUCUUUACUUAGUAUUAGCAAAUCAUGGCUCAUUGGCUAAAUGAUGGUGUGUUGGGGCAUCUGCUUUUCUCAGGCAUGUUUUUUAUUCAGGUCAAAUAACCACAUUAUAUACAUGCAGUUGUAGUAAUCUGAUUGAGACACAUUUGUGCUUCCCAUUAAAUCUUCAAACAUUUUAAAAA